GCGCCAUUGCAGGAAGUUUGAUUGCAUUUGCAAGCCCAAGUAGUUUUUUGAGAAUAUAGUUCCUUCCAACUACACGCUGAAUUCCUUUUUUUCAAAAGCACGAAGUAUUUUUAAACCCACACCAAGAUGAACUUCCUUCAAGGCAUCCUUUCCGGGAACACACAGUCCGCUGAACAGCAAAUUCUCGCAGAAUUGGAAGAGGAAGAUGUAUGCAAUGCAAAAGUAUCGUACUAGCAGUAGCGGUAUUUGGAUUUGCAUUACAAAUUUCGUCAGCAUGACUAGUACUUACAUCAAAUGGAAUUUGUCAUUGUGAAUCCCCUCGGAAACCAGAUUUGUGAUGCAUUAACGCAGUUACUACGGGUACGGGAAGUACUUCUACUUUUGCAAUGCAUAAGACGAAGAUGACGAGGACGACGAGCACCCGGAUCAGGUCUACGGACCGGCACACAAACCGAGAGGGUACGUGGAGCCAAAACAGAACUACGGCCAGGCGCGCAGCCGCGGCGGUUCUGGUGAUCAUGCCUCUUCGUCCCACAACGCCGACCUCGCUGCGGCGAUCCAACACGGGGACUUGGACCCCUACUACCGACGGGAUAACGUUUUUACAAAAGGCCACGGAGCUACAGCGACCUCGCCUGCUUCCUCUUCGAGGAUCGGCCCACCACCGGGUCCGCGUUACGACUUCGACCCCAGUAGUGUCAAUGAGGACGACAGCAACUUCUUCGAGUUCGAACUCGAUUUGUCGCCUACAAGCCGAGGAGGAGAGCGCGGUCGCCGACAGCGUCCUGCGGAUCUGUACCCGAAAAUCCAGAAGUUUUUCGAGCUCCAGGAGCAGGCCACGCACUUCGAAUCCCGGGGGAUCGACCCGGUUACCGGGCGGCCGAAAAUUUUGGCGAAGCCGGUGAAUAAUGCGCUGAAAAACGCGUUUGACGAGGAUGAUCGGUUGCAUGUCAAGCCGGCGGCGGUGCGGUUGCACGAGCUGGACAAGAAGUUGACGAAGCACGAAGCGAGAGUACAAGCGCAGCAGAAUUCGUUGAUGCGGAUACCCGCGAUCAUCAAGCAGCUGGAACAGUAUGGAAGUCAUUUGAGACAAUUCGCAUGCAGCAUGACAGACUGAGACUCUACUUACUGUCUUUGUCUCGCAUGUGGUUCUGCAUCACAACUUUUGAUGAUGUUGCUUCGAAAAUUUUAUCAGGUGGGAGCGCGACCGAGCGGAACGGUUUAACGGUAAAUUCUCUUUAGCCAGCCCGAUCCUUUCCGUGAACCUCGCCGAGCAGGAAGAUCUACCACCCAACACCGCGAUCGAGCAACAGGUCCCGCCGAUUGACUACGAUAACCUCCCCUUCCCCUACCGCGGUGUCGCCGGCGUUUUAUCACCGAGAGCAACGGCACCAGAUGAUGAUUCAUCCCCGAAGAUCGCUGGUGGAAGUGGGACAAUAAAGAAAACCCGAAAUAGAGACCCGAUCACCGCGGUUGUGACCAAAUCCGACACUCUCGGCUACAGCGCUUUAUCCUCGCAGCAAGCGAGGGCAAAUCUGUUAGCCCACGACGUCGCAUUGAUCAAGUACCUGCAGAAGCGGAAAGCGCUUCACAGUAAAAAAGGUAAAGAUUUCCGCGGCCAACUUCCACCGCAAGAUGUGCUGUUUCGGAAAGACGGGAUCGACAUGUCGGUUUUCAUAUGAAUUGAAAGAAGGAUCGUACUCGUAGUAAUAAUUCCAGUCAUGCAUGACAAAUCCAAUUAUCUACCCAAACCAGCAUGGAAAAUUCAAAUUUCGUUUUUGUUCAUGAUGGAAAAGUUUGUCAUGCGAUUUGUACUCAGUGCGAUACAACUUUUGCAUUGCAUACUUCACGCUGAAGAACGCCGGUGUGAAACUUUCCCACGGCUUGGGGGAAACGGCGAGGAAAAUGAACCGGAUUAUUGAAAGAAAAAAAAUCGAGGAGGCGUUCGAGCUCGGCACCGUCACUGCGUCGAUGCUAGCGGAAUUCGACGCGCAGCAGGACAUCUUAGCGGAGCAGGAAAGGGUAAAAUCGGAAUUGGAGAUCGCGAAGCAGCAGGAGAAGGAGAACCAGUAUUGGGCGUUGCGGAAAAACCGGCUUGAGAAUUAUUCCAGGUUGUAUCAACUCUCCGAUUUAGUGCACGACAUGAAGGAAACACUGCGGAAAAUCGCGACGAACCCGGGGUACGUGCUAUCCAGUGCAGCAAGAAAUAUGUCUGGGUCUCGAAUAAAUUUGUGAUGCAAGGAAGGGAAUAGUGAGCACAUUGUAAUGCGCUGCCCAGCAUGACAAGUUUUAUUUCUGUGGUUCUGAGUUGCGUACUCCGCAUGAGAAACUGCGUUUUUGUAUGACAGGCAAGAGUGAGGAGCUCUACUUCGCGGCCACGCAAUACAGAGUUCAGAGUUAUGGCAGACUAGCAUGACAAGUUUCGCAAUCUACCAGAGCCAGGCAUAUUUGCAGUUGAUACGUUCCGGAUGAGCACGAUUUGUCUUUGUUGCGUAUCAUGGAGGAGCAGAUGAAUGUGCCGGAAUCGGUUUUGGAUGAGGAGAUGAGAAACGCGUACAGGGAGUACAUUGCCAAAGCGAAAUCCUUCAAUCUCCACAAGGACUUCGACUUCGAAAAAUCGGCGGCGGAGUUUGUGGAGGAUCUCGAGGCGGAUGAGUACGCGGCAAUGGCCGGGUUUACCACGAACAUGGCGAACUUUUUGCAUUCUGUUGGGGUCGGAGACAAAAAACCAGAGAAGGACCCGGCCAUUCCGGAUUUGAAAAAGCCGAAGAAUGUGACGUUUAUGGCGACGACGGCGAACUUAUGCAUCGCAAAAGUAUCGUACUCGUACUCAUUGUAAUUGCACUUCUGCAUUACAAAUCUAGUCGCCAAAGUAAAUCCGCAUUACAGAUUUAAUUUGUAAUGCUGAGCGAAUUUGUAUAUACAAUUCAUACUAGGACGAUACUUUUGCACAGGAUAAAACUUCCAGGAAACAAACAAGUCCUCCUUGAUGAAAAACAUGAAGAUGUCGGGGAUGCCGGAGGGCAUGAUGGGUUUCAAGGAACGAGGUGGCGGAAGAUCUACUUCCGUUGCUGCAGCGUCUAACGCCUACUCCGCCGCAGGACAAGAAAACCAGGAGGGUCUCGUCUACGACGUGGAAGUUGCGGCAGAGAAUUUCAUUCACGACGUGGAGGAAGUUCUUGGGUUGCUACCAGGCGAUAAAAAUGGUGCCGACCCAAGAGGACAAGCAGCAACUCAAAGUUCUUCCAGUACCACCUCUCCAGGCUUCUUCGGCAACCGCAUCUUUGGCCACCAUCCUGAGCUCCACGAUGAUCCAACCCGUCCAGUUCUAUCCAGGAAAAAACACCCAUUCCCAUCCAUUUUUUGCAUGGCAGGCACUGGCUCUGAUGCAUGUUUUGCCUGGGAAACUGGAUGGGGAUGGCGGGUCUUUUUUUGUGGAUAAGUCCCGCACGACUUCUACGCGAUGAACAGCGCCUUGCUGGAGUAUGUCGGCGACAACUUCCUCCAAAACAUGCGAAAGAAGGAGAAUAAUACGGUAGUCCCUACAACCGUUUUACCCCAGGAACACCGACCGAGUCUAGAGGGGAAGAAGGAACUGCUAGCGACUCAUCUACAACAGUUAGAAGCGCUGAAGUUCUUGGAAAAUAACGGGCUCUUAGCCGGGAAGAAAUCGGAAAGGGAGGAGGUUUUGGAGAAUUCCGGUUUGCAAAACUUAAUCGAGAUGCUGAAAACAGGACCGCAACAACCGCUGUCUUCGCCUGUUUUAUCGCCGAAACAACCUGGGUCACCACAGCAAGUAGCCACAAACAUUCCGCAAAAGCCCGCGCCGUUUAUGCGGUCUUUGAUCCCUUUGAUUCACAACAACAAACUGAUCGAGAAGGUCGGGAUCGGGUGGACGUAUAUGACGGUGCACAACUCCCCCUCCCCCUCAUUUGUCAUGCAAAAUACCUACCUCACACCUUGCGCUUGCCUUUAAGCACUCUGUGCAUGACAAGUUUUGCACCCCCAAAUAGGACUACAUUCCAUUUACGGAUUUCUCAUGCAAAGGCUACAUUUUUGGCAUUGCUUCUGUUGUUCCUCAUGCUAUACAAAUGAGGGGGAGGGGGAGUUGUGCACUCUCAUAGCGUACACGUUUUUCACAGAAGAGGACUACGAGCUGUUGAACAACAAGAAGGUUUUCCCGGGAAAGAAAAAACUCGGGCCGUACUGUGGAUUCACCUUAAAUUGGAACGAGUUUCCGAACGUGAAAGUUGCUUCCGUGUACGAGAAAAAAACGAAAUGGAACCAGUACGUGCAUAUCCUGUGCAAAAGUAUCGUACUCGUAUAAAUCCGCUACUGGCAUGAAUAUAACUUCUCACCAACUUCCCAACAACUUAUGAUCAACUUCUUCCCAACCUUUUCACCAACUUCCCAGCUGUUGAGAAGUUGGCGUAGACCGCUUGCCGCGGUUGUUCCGACGCUUGACGCAGAGUUGAAAUCCACGCGAAGCUCCUGACAGGCUUCCGGCUAGGACGUCUCAGAAGGAAUAUCCCGGGCCUCGAUUCGUGGCCGCACGUAAAAAGCACGCCGACGCCGCAUUUUGCGGCAAGCGCGGCGCGUUACAUCAAUUAAUGCACAAAGCAAUAACUCACUUCUCAACAACAUCUCUACGCACUUCAUCUUACCAGCUUCGCGACGAACAUUCCGGCGCAUUCUGCGGCAAGCUUUGAGCUUUUGGAGGCGUCACGCUAAUUCUUGCAUGACGCCUCCAAAAGCUUAAAGCUUGCUGCGAAGUGCGUCGGGAAGUUCGUCGCGAAGCUGUUGAGAAGUGCGUGGAGAAGUUGUUGAGAAGUGAGCUAUUGAUUUGCGCAUUACUUGAUGUAGGGCGCACGCAAACUCGCGUUUUUUUGUGAAAACAAAUAAAACGCAGACAAUAUAUCAAUUGAUUAGCUGAGUAAUUGGCUGCUCAGCUAAUCAAUUAAUUAAUCAGCGCCAGGCGAGAAUGGCCGGCGUUCAAAGCUUGCCCGCCCAAGCCGCGCGCAGCUCCACAUCGCCGAGGGAAGCUGUCUUCCGCUUCCGGCGAUUCUUUCUUUGAUGGCUGCACGCAGGACAGAUGCGCGCGCGCAGAAAUCACGGUCGCGCGGCCUGCCGCCUCUUGUAUACGGCUUUGCGCGUGGUUCCGUCGUGCUAACUGAUGAAACUGCACUGCAGAUAAACGGACAGAACAAGACUGCGGUCUUCUUUCCAUUUAUCUGCAGCGCUGUUCCUUCCAGCUCUUGCAGCUGCAGUGGCAACUGCAAGCAGCGAGCACGAUAUAACUCGCAGCGACGGAGUGACGCGACGCGUCGCUUGGUCGAGGCGAGAACGACGCCAGCAUGUCGCGGCGCGACGCCACUUCUCACCGAAGUUGGUGCGGAAGUCGGUGAGAAGUGGCGCGCGCCACUUCUCACCGACUUCCGCACCAACUUCGCAACCAACUUCGCAACCGACUUCUCACCGACUUGUCCGUCAGAUUCUGCAUAGAAAUUUUAGCGGAUUUAUACGAGUACGAUACUUUUGCACAGGAUAGUGCAUGAAAAGGUGCAAGUCGGGGACAGGUUGUUAUUCGUGAACGAAGAGCCGAUCGAAAACGUCCGACUUUGGCCCGGGAACGACCCGGACGAGGCGGUCUUGUUGAAGAUGCUGUCGAGAAAUGAUAUCUACAAGGACCCAGAGCAACCCGGGGAGGAGGAUGAAGACCCUGAGGAGAUGGAGCUAGAUCCAACUACCGGCCGGAUGAAGAAAAAAGCGGUGAAACUGAAUAAAGACGGGAAACCGUUGGAUGCGAAGGAAGAGAAGCAAAAGUUUUUGCCGAAAAAAUACCUACAGAACACAACGACACUUGUCGGGUCGUUUGAAUUUCUCAGGCAGAAGAGUAUGACACAGUUUGUGCAGCUGUCUGUGAACGUGAAGCAGGAGAUUUCGCCCGGAGAAGGGUUCGGGUUUUUCGUCGAGGAACAGGUAGCGGAGCACGGUAAUGCUACUGGCGCAACCCCGGCUUCCGCACGAGGUCGUAAGCAGGAGGAAACAAAGGCCGCGACUUCCACAGAAGAGCUAGUCACUCUCAUGACCAAGCCGUCGAAAAGGAUCAUUGCCAACUACAAAUCCGUAUGAGAGUGCAUCACUUCCCUUCGUCCCCCUCAUUUGUGAUGCAAAAUACCGAAUCCACCGCUUGCGUGGAAGCACUGUCUGCAUGACAAAUUUUGGAAACUGAAACAGUACUAGACUACUACUGGUGUCCGUGUGUAGAUUUGUCAUGCGAAAGGCCCAUUUCUGUCGCUGCUUGUGUUGUCGUUCAUGUUUUACAAAUGAGGGGGAGGGGGGGUUAUGCAUUGUCAUAAUCCGGUUCCGGCGGCCCGAAGGAAAUGACAUUGGGACAGACAUCUCAUUUGCAAAACGAGCUGAAGAACGAAUUUAAGGAGUUUUUCAUCGUCUUCAUCCAGCCGGGCUCUUGGGCGGAAAGAGUGGGGCUGGAGGUUGGAGACUCAUUGCUCGCCGUCAACUCGAAAUUGUUACCCUACCCCGGUUACCAAAUCGACAUUGGGGUUAAAAACGAGGAGAAAAACUACCAAACCGCGUUUCUGCAGAACCAGGAUUUUCACUUUUUGUUCCGAAGAACGGGCUAUGAACUGCAAAAAUGUCUGGGUCUAGAAGAAUGCAAACUCGUCAUGCUCGGGCGACAAUGCACAAAAGUCUGUCAUGCUUGCUGCGCUACAGCGCCACUUGGUUGCCAUGCAAAAAGGGAAUUUGUCAUGCGAUUAACGCUAGAUGUAGCCGCCCAGAAACUUGUCAUGCGCGGCUCCGCAAUACAGUUUGCGUAUCAUUCGGACAUUAGCAUGACAAAUUUCCAGACCCAGGCAUAUUUGCAAUGCAUACGGGCGGGCACUUCCCCUACUGGAUGGUAGAGAAUUUGGAGACGAAGGACUUCCCGCAUUUCAAGUUACCCUUGUUAUGGACCGACCCGGAUAUCAAGUGCAAAUAUGUCUGGGUCUGGAAGAGUGCAUUUGUGUCAUGCUUGCCUGGCAUGACUCUUAAAUCUGUCAUGCACGUUACCCAAGAGCCCCAGUUUUCUGUCAUGCAGAAACGCAGUUUGUCAUGCAGAAUAGGCAACACCUUAGUAGAAGCUCAGAAACUUGUCAUGCUCAGCCAGCACUUUUGGCCUCCUCAUGCUACGCCACUCAGCGUCACAAGUUUCCAGACCCAGGCACAUUUGCAAUGCAUACCGGAAGCGGCAAAACGGUUGAUGGCGGAGAUGGAGGAACUAUCCACAGUAAAUUUCCCGUACAUGACGUACAUCAAAUGUUGUUUCUGCAUGACAAAACUUCCCUUCAAUCUUAGUCAGCAUGACAAGUUUGACACUCCAAGUUAGCGAAAUUUGUCAUGUAUUUUGUCCAUGUGCGGGAAAUUUGUAUUGCAUAGGAACGACACGACGGCGGUGCAAAUCUCGAAGACAAAGAAAUCGAAGCGGCGAAAGCGGAUUUGAAAAAACAAGACGAGAAAAGCAGCGCUACUGGAGGUGCAACAAGUACCGCUGCUCCGGUUUUGCCUUUCCUAGUCUCCUAUCUCAGCAUGCUGCCGGACAUCAAAGCGGCGGGACUCAUAUGACAGUGCACAUCAACUCGUCGUCAUUUGUAUAGCAUGAACGGCAAUACAGGCAUCAGCAAGAGUGCCGGUUUUGCAUGACAAAUUUGCACUGGUGUCGUGUGGGGCGGCUAUUUGGGCUACCAGAACUUGUCAUGCAAACAGUGCCAAGAGGCAAAGGGUGGAUUGGAUAUUUUGCAUGACAAAUGAGGGGGAGGGGGAGUUGUGCACUGUCAUAGCUCACCGGCUGGAACCAGAAUUCCAUCGACGCAAAAAUGUUGACGAACAAGAAACUCGACGCGAAGGAGAGAUUCGUCAACCUCUUCGGCUUCAAAAUCGCGGCUUGGGGAAAGGAGUUUCCAAUCGUUCGCGUCUCUGAGGUGGUCGAAACGCAGAAAAACGCCGAGGGCAAGGAAGAACCAUCGAGGGUAUCCAGUGCAAAACUAUCGCACUCGUACUAGUUCAUUGCAUAACAAAUCUACUUUCUUAGCUGGAUCGGCAUUACAAAUUCCAUUUCUCUUUCUUUCUCUUUCUGAGAAAAUUUGUGAUGCAACUACUACUAGUGCGAUACUGUUGCAAUGCAUAGAUUGCGAAGAAGGCCAACGUGGUUGUUGGGGACAGGUUGAUAGUCGUCCCGAGCAUGAAAUAUCCUGUGCAAAAGUAUCGUACUCGUAAUUGCAGUCAUGCAUUACAAAUUUUUUUCGUAAGGUGAAUGCGCAUGACAAAUUUUAUUUCUCAUGCUGAGGAAAUUUGUAAUGCAUUUAUACGACUGCGCUACUUUUGCACGGCAUAUGAAAGAUAGGAUCACGAACUUGACGAAGUGGGAAGGCGAUUCACCCGAAGAAGCAAUCCUCGGCCGGAUCUACAAACGGGGGAAGGCGAAGGAAAAACCUUUAGCCACUUUCCUCUUCGCGAGACAGAAAUAUGAACGAGCUUACAUCCAGGUGAAGGCGAAGCCAUUAACCAAGGAUGAUAAAGGGUUCGGGAUUACAAUUGAAACGAGUAAAGAAUCGAAAAAAAUAGGUCUUGUGAAGGAGAUCCGGGAAGGGAGUUGGGCGAGCAAGGUACCGGAAUUGAUCGUGAAGGACAAAACUUUUGUCAUCGCGACGGGUAAUGGGGAUUUGACGGAAUUGGCGGCGGAUAAAGUCCAGCAAUUGUUACAUGAAAGUAAAACGAGCAAUUUGUUGUUGUUGAAGAAUAUAGAUUCCGGGUUUGGAUCCGCGGUUCGGAAGAAGCACGAGGUGAACAUGAGCAGAGAAUUCCCGGACAAGUGGAAAACCGACGCAGAUCGAGCUUCUGUAUCCGCACAAGACGCACAGAAAUCCAUCGCCAUGGGCGCCGCGCCCUCGGGUAUCGGCGCGUCCACUGUGGGUGGCGACCAUUCAGGUGGUUCGGCGCAGAAGUCGAUGGCGUUGGCCGACGCCGCAGCGAAGAAAUCUGUGGCGCCUGGAGGAACCUCUUCCGCUGGCGCGAACAAGUCGAUGGCAGCUGGAUCGAAGAUGGACCCGAACUCCCUCCCUAUACAUUGCAAAGGUAUGGAGCUUGUAGUAAUCAGAGUCAUGCAUCUACAAAUCUUCAUCCCAAGCUAAAACAGCAUGACAAGUUCCAUUUGCCGUGCUGAGCUAAUUUGUAAUGCGAUUACUACUAGUGCGAUGCUUUUGCAAUCCAUAUUCCCGUAUCUCUACCAAUUUCUCGGCGGGAUCAAAGACCUCAAAGCCGCGGGCGUGACCGGGUGGGCGCAAACGUCGAUCGAUACGGAGAAAUUAUCCAGCGUGAAUAAGGACAACGCGAGACAUAUGAACUGCAAAAGUAUCGUACUCGUAGUACUGCAAUACAUAUUACCUCCGCAUGACAAACGGAAUUUGUCAUGCUGAUUUAGCUUGAAAAAAGAAAGCUGUCUUGCAUGACUGCGAGUACUAGUAUGCUUUUGCACAGGAUAAGACAAAUUUUCUACGAGGUUUUCCACAUCAAACUCGAUUGGUCCGAUUACCCAAGUGUCACCGUCAGCGAAUUAAGGGAGCAAGAUGAUAACGGUGAGAAGACCCGGGCGUUUAAAAAUGGCGUGGUCAUCGGCGACAGGAUGCUGGUUUGCGCCUCUAUGUCAGAAAGAAUUACCAACGUUGCGCGCUGGCCGGGGGAAUCGCCCGAGGAGGCGAUUUUGAAGAAAGUGCAAGAACGAUCACAAGGAGGGAAAACCCCCGUCGCGGCGUUUGCGUUCUUACGGAAAGUGAAGGAGGACCAAUACGUGCAAUUACUCGUCGAGAAAGAUGUCGCGAAAGAGGAGGAAAAUGGAACCGCUUCCGCUUGUCUCGGGAUGGAGAUAGAUCCGGAAACGGGAAAGAUUAAUUCUGUCGCGGAUGGAUCCUGGGCACAAUCGCAGGGUAUUCAAGCGGAAAUGCUCGUCUCCAUUGCGGAUCAGUUUGUCUACGCGAAAAAGGCCGAGGACGCGAAGAAAGCAUUGCAGUCGAAGAGACCGGUGAUGGUUCUCAUUCGGUCAAUGACCGGCGGGCUCAAACCCGGAGGGCAGUUUGAGAAUUUGCAAGAAAAGGAGCCGAAUUUGAGACGGAAGUUGCCAGAUGGGUGGAACAUGGUCGGAGCUGCUUCGGGGGAGAUGGGCGCUUCCACCUUUUCAAAGGGAGCAUCCACCGGCGCGCCACUGCACUAUCCGGAGCCCCCGGAAGAUUUGGAAGGUGAGGAUGUUGAAGCAGAGUCAGAUUCAUCGUCGGAAGGGGCUGCCAGAUCUUCCAUUUUCGCCGCUUCGGACGUAGAAAUCGACGGUGUGCUGGAACGCGGCAAGCAAGAAGAGAACGGAAGUGACACUUCCUGGCUCGCGGGAUCGCAGUCCGAGGGAGAGGAGAAAGACCAAGAACCAAAAGACGCUCUUUCUAAAUCCUGGACCAGCACCACUGGUCAGGCGUUCAUGUUCUACCUGGAGACCGCGGACGAAGAGUUGUCACCUAGCAAACGGAAACUGCACGUGAAGGAGGUGACGGAUGAAGAGACGCUUGAGUUCCUGGAACAGGAUUAUGAACGGACAAAAUGCAAAACCGGACACGAAAAAAACCAAGAAUAAUCGUGAUCCGCACCUUUUCGGCCGUUCGCGGCCAGUGUGUGCGAAGACGAAACGACAACGCCCGGACGGCCAACAACGAGAAGAACUGGCCGCAGGGAAGGCUUGACGCGGAUGCGCAGGCGAUUCUUUUGUUGGGUUGUUGUUCGCGAUCAGCCCUCUCUUCGGCCCAACACCAAUACCCGAAACGAAGGCGCAAAGUCUUCACGCGAGACAGGCAACAACCCCCGCCUGCGAGCUCUACCACCCCGCCCACCGAGCGGACUUCGCCGAGGCUUGUGGCCUGAAGUUGGGCCACAAGGAGUCACGCACAGGGGGCAGCGGGAUACUAGAAAGAGCCUAGGCUUAGGCCUUCCGCCAACUUUAUUUGAAGCGGGCCCUCCCAUGCAAAGCGCUGGGAUUGGGAGGCGGGGCGGACAGGGAGAGGCGGGGCUGUGGCCUCUGGUCUUGCAUGGGCCCAGCCGCCGCUCGGCCCGUCGGAAAAAUUGGCUGCGGAAAAAUAGCUUAAAAGCUUGCAGCGUGCUUGGGGGGCUGCUUCCGAAUUUGUUCGCAUUUUUGCCCGACCGAAAUUCGCGGGGAAGGGUCCCUCCCUUGGCUGCCGAAGGGGGCAAAACACCCACGAAAAAACCGUCGCUGCCCCAAGGCCAUAAGCUGCGAAAAACCUUCAAACGCCUACGGUUUUAGGUGAUGGGCGCUGGUUUCGCCGCGUGCAAAAUUGCGAGCCAACAACAAGAAAAGCAGCCAAAACACGAAAGGUGCCGGGGCCGCGACACUUCCGCAGGCAGUCGCGACCGGGCCAAGCGCGCGGCGUUUCGCUUCGAAUUUGCAAGGCGGCGCGCAAAGUCCCUACCAAGAGUCUUGGUUUUUUCCAGGUUUUUUUUCCCCCUUCUGGCCAAUUCUUGGCCAAAAAGCGGCUUUUUGGCCAAGAAUUGGCCAGAUGGGGAAAAAAACCCGCGAAAAAACCAAGAUUCUUGGAUCGGCCAUCUUUUGCGGCCCUGAAUCGGCCUCGACGCCUUGCAGGUUUUUUGCCCGGCCUUGCGCACAUUCAACGCUGGAUAUUUGUCGUUGGGCCCCUUCGCGACCGCCCGAAGAAACAUCGCGGCCCCUGGGUUUUCCGCAUUUGGCCUGUUUUUUUUCUGUUGCCGAUUUGCAAUUUCGCACGCGGCAAAGCGCCCACCCAACAUACAAAAUGGCAGGUGUGGAUGAAGGCUUUCCCACACCCUUCGAAACAUUGGACUGGGUGCGCAGGGGAAGGCAAGAUGGAGAAGGAUGGCGAACAUGCUGGGGACUGGAGGGCCACCUUGCUAAAGUUGGGUGGGCUGGGAAUGGGGAUGGAAAAUAAAGGGGGGGGGGGGAGGCGCACGCCGGGAAGCACCCAGGCCCCUUCGCCGAUCCGGUUUGCGCGGCUGAUCGCCCUCCCCUGCUGGCGCUGGGUUCGGGUUUUCCCUUUUUUUUUCAUGCCGAGACCAUGAUAACCACCGAGCCCAUAUUUGGGCAACACAGAGGCGAAACCAGAAACCCGGCCUCGCCGUUGCAAGCGCAAUGGCGUAACUCAUUAUGGGCCCCCCUCGCUAGGCGGGCUGGCAGAGCUCGCGGGCGGGAUCUGCUGUCCAUCCCGGUCAAAGCCCUUGCGCCUUCGCUUCGUUUGUUGAAACUCGGCCGAAGAGCAAGCGGACCGCCAGCAGCAGCCCCGAAAAGGCUCCCACCCCACAUCCGCGCCAAGGCUUCGCGGCCACCAGUUCUUGGCGCUGUUGGUCGCCCAAACAUGGGCACCGCGUCGCCUCACGACCCAACUCUGAACCGCCCAAAAAUUGAAAAUCGCAACUAUUCUUGGUUUUUUUCGUGUCCGGUUUUGCAUUUUGUCCGUUCAUAAACAGGAUGUGGAAGACGCACAACUUGUUUUAGCACCGCAUAACAACCAUGCCGCCGAACAACGAUUUGGCGGUCCUUCAGAUGAAGAUCCUGAUCCUACUCCGAAAAGCGAAACUUUCGGGGAAGAAAUCGGUGAGUCUUCUGAUGCAGUUUCUGCUUCCGACGACUCCUCCUCUGAUGACCACGACGAAUUGCACGAUGUGGAGCAGAUUCUAGACGACACAGUCGAUCUGGAGGAAGUACACGUUGAUGUUGAACUUGCGUCUGGGACGGAAGAACAGCAUGACAAAGAACCUUCGAUAAAAAAGCCCCACCUCCCGCUGACCAACCGUAUAACCCGCUCAGGAAUCAAAUUCAGCGAUAUUUUGAAAAAAAGCGAGCCGCUAUUUCUCAAAUCGUCGCCAUUUAAAGUCGCUACUUCAAAGCCCAGCUCUUAAGCUAGCUGGUCCGAAGGUCUUCCAGUUCUCUUGUUGAUGUGUCCCUAAACGGUAAGUCCGCCGGUGGUAUGGCGAAGGUGCCGGCGCGGUUUCGAUCUUUGGAAAGGCAACACUUUAUACAAGAGAAGAGCAAGCUUUUUCUGCAAGAAAACCUGGAUGAGGAAGCACCCCCCCUCCAGGGGGGGCGUUAACAUCUGAAAUCAAUCGACCUCAUACCGCCGUGGGAAGGGUCCAAGAAUGGACCCAAAAACCCGGCCCGUUUCUGCCGGAUCCGGAAAAGUAGUUUUUUCACAGGUCCGAAAGGAAAAAGAGACCCCGCACCGUCGUGGUUAGCUUUUCAAAAUCUCCAAAAGUGCGCUUUUUUUGUUAUAUUUUAGGUUUUUUCACAGGUCCGAGAGCUCCGAGGACCAGCAUAGCACGCGGAUCAACUUUCCAAUUUGAUCAAAAUUGGCGAUGGUUGUUUUUUUCGGUUUCAAAGACGAAAAAGGAAAGCAGUUGCUUUUUUUUCAAACUCGUGCUGAAUUUAAUACCUGAGCGGGUUAUAAACCGGGUUCGCAAUUUACUCUUCCCGUCCUCUCUAGACAAAGAGGAAGAAGAAUCAGCGGAACAAAACUUCCUCCGAAAAAGCGUUUUCGAGUUCGAGGGCGCCCACGGGGCAACGAAGGAUUCAACCGUUGUUGGAGCGGGGUCGAGCAGAGGGGCGUCGAAAGAACAGGUGGUGAUGUUGACGUCUUCUUCUAGCGCUGCCGCAGUCGAGAAGAAAGCUGGAGCUGCGCCAUCACCCCCGUCAAGCAGCACUGCCAGUAAAUUUGAAGUGAAAAAAGCCCCGUCGUUCUUCACCCUUCAGUACCUCCCCUUCUCCGACAACCCGGAGAUUCACAACAAUUGCCUAAUCGAGGUGAAAAUGCCCCUCCGCCCGUCCUACCAGGCGAUCCAGCAGCACUUAAACAAGAUCGAAAACGACAAAGACCAGGCACAGAUCUGCUGCCGGAUGUUUUCCAAAGUGAAUGGCGGGUUAUAUUUCGACUGGUCACGUUUUCCCUUUGUCCGCGUCGCGAAAGACCCGGCGGAGGAUUCUAUAGCCGCGACGAAGUACAACAUCCGGGCGGGGGACUUGCUCUUAACUGUCAUGGACACGGUAAUUUCCGGACGGAAUAGCAUGUUGAAGUGGUGGCAAUUCGAGAAAGCGAAUCCGGACUACAAGAAGCCAGGUGCUAAAACCGCGGCGCAAAAGGGGAUCACUGUAACGACGAAUUCCCCUGAGCACGCGAUUUUGCACAAACUAGCGCGGAUGAAAGCGGGGGACAUUCAUUUCUGCUUGUUGAAAUACGUGAAAGAGCAGGAAUUUUUACAGGUGAAGGCCGACGAUCCUUACUGCCUCCAAGACAGUGUGGAGUUUUAUUCUAUGCGGAUGAAAACGAGCGAUGGGAAUGAUUUUGCGUUGGAAAGAACAACAAAUUUGGAACAAUUACUCGGGAAUAAAAACACGACUUUGACGAACAUCGUGAAAUCUGUGUUAGCAGCAACCGCGACGAAACCAAAAAAUGUAGAUAACUUUUCCGCUUUCACGCCGAAGAAUGACAAAAUCGAAAACAAAUCCACAGUGGUCCACGGGGUGUUCAACCCGCCUUCUUUCCCCGCAUCCACUUCCGAAGAUGAGGAAUAUGCGAAAAACCUCGACACGACUCUUUCCACGGUUGGCGAGGUUCUCAAGUACAGCACGGACUGGGGUGCGAACAACGGGUUCCAGGUCGGGGACGAAUUGCUCAUCGUGAAUGAUCAGCAAUACGUCAAAUUCGCACGGGACAAGGGAGAGAAUAUCAUCCUCGACCCCAGCCGGAUUGAAUUCCGGCACAAAUUGAUCGAAAUGAAGCACCAUUCUCACCACCAUAGGGAAGAAACUGUCGUCGAAGAAGCGAAACACGACUACAAUUUGAACUGGCCGAAAUACUUGCUGUUUCGGAGACAAGGGACGAACAACGAUAGUGCUCCGCAAGUCGAUUUGUCGCUUGGAUUUGGGUUUCCGGAGAAGUUGCGGCUGAAAAUUUUAGAGAACAACAUGCGGCUGAAAGUGCCGAAACCCUGGGACAACUACAUCAAGUCUAGUAGGCACAAGUACAAGUGGAAAAAACCAUCGACAAUUUUAGAAAUCGUGAACCGGUACAAAGACGAGGAUAGCAAUCGGAGGAAAGAAGUCGCAACAAUCGCGAAGAAGUGGUACAGAAGAGGGAAGGAAAUGGACAACUCGAGAAUUGACCGCCCUACGGAAGUCGAAGCUGCGAUUGCGGAACGCCAGACGCACCAGUUUUUGAUGUCUUUGGGGUUGGACCCAAGUACAAGAAAACCAGAAACGGAGGAGCAUAGGAAAAGAAACAACAUUGCGAAACAACCAACCUAUUCCGAAAAACUAGAGCAAGAUCUGCAGAAUGCGAACGACGAGGCUGAUUUCAAAUUUUUACCGAAAGCUCGUGCUGCAGACGAGUUUUGGAGGAAAAAGCCGGAAAACUUAUCUUCGAUGAAGCACAUGGACGAACUCGCGACGGAAGAUUUGACGGAGAAGUUGCAGGGGGUGAAGGAUGAGAAAACUUUGAAGGCGAGGUUGAGAAAGGAGGAACAGAACGAAAAAAUCGCGAAAAACCAAAAUGAAGCGAUGACGCAGUUGGACGAGCUGGCGAGUUUGCGGAAAGAGAUGCUGAAGGAGGAGGAUGAGAUGCAACUACCGUUGCGCAUGGCUUUGUUGCGGCAGCGGAUGCUGGAGCAUGAGACGAACAUGAACAUGCUUUUUUACCCGGAGCCGUCAAGUGGUGACGCAGUUGCAGAAAUGUUGUAUGAAAAAACCGCUGAAGAUCGCGACGCCUGGCUGUUUCGGAGCAUGCAAGAGUCUUCUUCUUCCAAUAGUGAAACUACCGAGCAGCCCGCUACAACUAGAAGCUACGAAAGGCCUACUUCUUCCUCCAGGACGAAGCAGAGAACAAGGUCGCCGCUCGUCGUGGCUCCAAGCGAUAACAAGCCGAAGUUAACUGGUCCGCCAGUUUCAUCAGUGCGUGCUGCAGCCACAGUGGUUCCUCCGCAACCGCCGUUUCCAAUCACAGGCAAUUCCGCUUCCUCCUCUUCAACCUCCGGACGUCGAGCCACUGAUGCGGAACUCAGACACGCAAAGAAGCUUCUCUCUGCUCGCGCGGGAGAUGGUGCAGGUGCACAGCGAUCAUCUGUCGUUUUUUCCACUCCACGUUCCACUGCGUCAAUCCCAACACAACCUCUGCUAACAAGUUCAAAAAACGGCUACGCGCCGCCGCCGUAUGAACUGCAAAAGUAUCGUACUCGUAUAAAUGCAAUACAAAUGUCCUCAGCAUGAGAAAUAAAAUUUGUGAUGCGGAUUUAGCUUCAGAAAAAAAUUUGUAAUGCAUUAUUGCAAUACGAGUACGAUACUUUUGUACAGGAUACGCCGAUAAAUCAGCCAAAACUCCGCGGCGGCGCACCGAAAAAACCAGCCUCUGGAACAAGUAAGAAAUCCGCCACUGCACCUCCGGGCAAAGCCAAAGCCGCGAAAGCAAAACCGAAAGGCAAAGCCGCUCCAAAAAAAGGCGUUGGAAAAAAAGGUAAGCCACAAGUCGACCCUGUCCGGUUAGAAUUUGACCACAAAUUUCACUCCAAGCCGCAUUGGAAGAAAAAAGAACUCCUCCAUGAGAAAGAAGAGCUGGAAAAAGAGCUAGAACACCUCCACCACGAAUACGAACAAGCGCUGGAACAAGGCCACCAGCACGGCUUCACCCCGGAACUGAUGCACCGGGGGCAGGAAUUAGAGCAUUUGGCAUCGGAGGUGACGAAGAAGAUCGAAUUUUGGCACGAGGCGAUCGAGAAGCACGUGCCGAAUGAGGAGGAAAUUUUGGAAGAGGAAGAGGAAUUGAAAAAGGAAAUGGAAGAUAUUCCAUUACAAAAGCACCGUGGUAGUAAUCAAAAAUCGCACUAAAAAUUUUUUCUAGAGAAGAAUACGCAGUUUGUCAUGCUGAUUCCCAUACAGGCCAUCGAUUUGUCAUGCAUGGCUUCGAUUUUUCAUGUUACGAGCCCGUUGCUUUUGCCUCGCAUAGAAGAACUGAAAAAGCAGGAGGAGGAAGCGAAGCAAGCAGAAGCAGAAGCGGAGGAGAAAAAACAGCUGGAUGAGCAGGAAAAAGUCAAACAGGAAGAAUUAGAACGCGAGAAACACGCGGAAGAGGAGCUGGAGAAGGAGAAAAACUACAAACGAUCCCCCGCCGGCCGGAUUAUCGCAAGGCAACAAGCGGAGGAAGAGGAAAAGAAGACACAGCUGGAGCAGAUGGACAAAAUGCACGAGCGGAUCGAGAAACAGAGGAAAGAACGACUGGAAUUGUUGGAGAAGAAAAGGGAAAGAGCGGCAAGGGAAAAAGAGCAGAAACAGGAGUUUGGGAGGAAUAAGCCGUUUCUCCUCCCUUAUCUCUUAAAAGUCGUCUCGUUCAACCACGAUUUUCCGCCGGAAUUGUACUCGCAGACUUUGAUCCCGGGUCAGAAAAAAACAAAUCAACCAGAACCAGGAAUUCCCCCCAAGGAGUUACAGGAUUGCUUCAUCAAAUUUUCGCAAAAAGACGUCGACAAGGCGAUCAUCAAAUCAAAAGAUUUGAAGUCGUAUGAAAAAUUAAGGCAGAUAUGGGGCUUCAAUCUCGAUUGGUCCGAGUACCCGGUGGUCAGGGUCGUGGAUGAUCCGGAUUUCGGGUCUGUCGGCCACCGGAACAAGUUGAAAGCGGGGGAUAUUUUGUUGCAGGCGAGCAAUACGAAGCCAUCGUCGAUAACGAAGUCGUGGAAGGGCAAGCACCAAGACGAGGCGAUGUUGAUGCGGAUGUAUGACAUCACGAAGUUCCAUGAGUCGAAGAAGUAUUUGGACCUUCCCUGUAUCGACAUGGUGUUUCUCAAACGGUCCCACGAGUUGUGUUUUUUCCAGGUGCAGGCGAACUCCAUAGAGCCGGAGGAGGGGAGUCUUGGUUUCAACUGGGGAACAGGGAGAUGGAACGCGAACAAGCCUUUUUCCAGCCUGGUUGAUGAGUGUACUUUGACUCACGUCGACGUCGGGUCCUGGGCGAGUAAACGACAACUAGAGCAGGGAGACAGACUAUUGAUGGCGAACGACGAGCUUUUAGGGAUAAAAACGUGGACGGCAGAGGGGCAUGCGAAGAAAAAGGACAAGAAGGAAAAGGACAAAGAAAAAGCGAAGCGGAAAAAGGACCGGGAGAAGCAGCGGAAAGCGGGGGAAGAAGUUGACACUUCUGAUGAGGAUCAAGAAGAAGAGCCGAAUUGGGAGGACCACAUCGAGGUGCUUUUCCCCGAAGACGUUUUGGUCCGAGCGGACGAUGACGAGAUUUCGGAUGAAAACGAAACCGAGGAACAGAAAAAGGCCCGGAAGGCGAAACAAACUAGCCGCACGACGUGGCCGAAGCAGUUGUUGUUUUUCCGUGCCUAUCCCGGGUUUCCCGAAAGGCUUGUUAUCCUCGGUUCCGAAGUGAGAAAAGGGUACAAGGGGCUCCCGCCCGAUUGGGGGAAGUAUGCAUACAAGAUGCCGUACAAUUUGAAAUUCCGGAAGCAACGCACAAUCACUGAAGUGAUGAAUUUAGUCGAGAAAAACGCACAGAAAGUGGACCGGAAACUCCGCGUCAACGUCCGGGAUUACACCGUGGGGCCAAGGUCGGAGGAAAAUCUCGCUUUCAUCCAGGCGAAGGAGGAAACGGAGAGGUAUUUAGAGACGAUCAAGAACAAAAAACUGGACAAGAUCGUAGAAGAAAAGCUCGACAUCGUGAACGAAGAAGCGGAUGCGAUCAACUUCGGCCGGGGAGGGGGUUAUUUGAAGUCCAUUUGGGAGAAAGAGCCGGAGGAGGUUUUCGACGCGUUACACUCCAUCGCGAUGAAGGAUUUGGAAGACAUCUACGAGGAGAUCCGGAUGGAGGAGAUGGGGGUUUCUGGCGGUGUAUCAAGUGCAAAAAUGUCUGGGUCUGGAAGACGAAGAUUGCCAGGUUUGUCAUGCAUAUUUUGCAUAACCCGUGAUGCCUGUAAUGCAUGGCCUAGCAUCGCAGAUUUUUAAAGGGCCUUCUGAUGCGUAUUCCGCAUGAGAAACGCCCACUCCCCGUAGCACAAACUGAACUCCCCGUCUUGCUGGUCAUGCAAUACAGAUUUUUUUUUACCUUCCAAUUCCAAAGACAGCAUCACAAGUUGCAAGAUUCCAGACCCAGACAUUUUUGCAUUUGAUAUCGUGUUGGUGGCGCUCUGAAAUCCUUCGAAGUUUCCGCCGUGCAGAAAGACGCUGGAAGAAGUGGCGGUGCAGCAUCUUCCCCCUCGGGUUCGAAAACGACCAAAGCGACGCAAAGAGGAAGCAAUAAGAACCAAAUCCCGCCGAGACUCCGGGCGAGAAUGAGCAAUUCCCAAGUCGCCGCGAUGAUGAAACUCCGCGGGCAGCAGCAGAACUACUUGCACCAGAAUUUGAAGAGUCCUGGGAAACAUCCGAAGAACGCCAGACAAGUUUUUUUGAAAUUGCAGCAGCAGCAAAUGAACGGGAGUCUCGGGUGCAGGGAGAAUUUACCGCAUUUCAUCAGGCUGUUGAUCAUUCUCGCAAACUUAGGGACGAUCAAAACCAAACACGCGAUGAAAAUGGACAAGUUGAGGAGGGACCGGGAGAAGGAAGGCGGUGGUGAUCAACAGGGUUUUGAGGAAGAGAAAUUGGAUGAAGAGGAAUCGAGUUCUUCCUCUUCCUCCGAAGAUGAGUUCCAAAGCAAAGCCUUAUCCUGUGCAAAAGCAUCGUACUCGUAGUAAUUGCAAUCAUGCAUUACAAAUUUUUUUCUCAAGGUAAAUCCGCAUUACAAAUUUCAUUUCUCACGUUGAGGGCAUUUGUCAUGCAUCUAUACGAGUACGAGUCUUUUGCAAUUCAUAAACCUACCACGAGCACGAUCUGUGGAAUUCGAACCACAAACACUUACCCCACCCGGAUCACGAACACAUGACGGAAGAAGAAAAAAGGGAGUAUAAGAAGAUCCGGACCAAAACGACAAUCGACACGAAUGUGUUGUUCCACUAUCUCUCCAUGGUUUUGGACUGUUUCAAAAACUUCUGCGACGAGCAACUGGUGUUACAGUGGAUGGUGGAAGCGGUGCUAAACAUCCACAACUUGGUAACUAGGGAAUUUCAGAACAUUUUCGACAUUCAGAAAUUAUUGUUUAAAAUCCUUUUCGACGUGCUGCAGUGUUUAGACGCGUAUUGCGUGGACUUCUCGUUUCUGGAUAUGGACAAGUCGAAAGGCAAGGGAAAGGGUGCAGCAGGUGGUAGUUCCUCGGUCGACGACCAAACUGCUUCGUCCUAUGCCGCUGGUACUGCUACUAGUCAAGAUGAAGAAAAGCUCCGCGGCUACAACAACUCGGCGGACCAAAAUGAAAACGCCGCUGGCCAGAAACUCUUCGAGCAAUAUCUCCAGUCGAACAUCACGAAUUUUGAAACGAAAUCCAAAGUGGACAUGAGCAGCGAAGAUAAGGAAAUGAAGGACUUCUUCAAUCGGUGCCCAGGGCGGAAAACUUUGAAAAACAAGGACUUGCACUUUUUGCACACGAGACUGCUGCUUGGGUUUUCGUUGACAGCGGAUCCGUUCGACGAGUUACCGAUCGAGGUGAUGAACUUCGUGCUGGAUUUCUACUACUACAAAAGGAGUUUAGGCUAUGAGAGUGCACAACUCCCCCUCCCCCUCAUUUGUCAUGCAAAAAUGCCAAAUCCUGUCUGAGCCUCUUGGCUGUGCUUGCAUGACAAGUUCUGGAAACCCAAACUGCACUAUGCUCCGUGCGCGGAUUUGUAAUGCAGAGACUGCAGUUUUGAGGUGGUUUCUGUUGCUAGAAAUGCACUACAAAUGAGGGGGAGGGCGAGUUUUGCACUCUCAUAUAGGAAUUUUAAACACAACCGAAGUGGAACACGUGAUCCACUUGGUGAUUCUCGCGCAGGAAUCCGUCAACCACAUGGACCGGACGAGGCUCGAGCAUAUUCACAGCAGGAGCACGUUUCCCGUACACGCACGUACUACUACAGAUGAUGACCACGCAUAACAAAAAACUUGUCCUACCUCAUUCAGCAUUACAAAUCACUGUUUUUCAUAGCUUGAACCAAAAUUUGUCAUGCAUUUCGUGCAUGCACGGUAAAUUUGUAUUGCAUACAGCAGGGGCAGUUCGAAGAAACCGACGACCCGUUUCACGACACCUUCGGCUGGGAAUCGUUUGAGCAGAGGAAUAAAUUCCGGUUUUACCGGUUGAGGGAGAAAGUCGGGAUUUGCGUCCACGCACUGCAACUGCACAAAUCAGACACGAGGAUUUUGCUGCAAGCGUUGCUGUGUUUGAAGCAUUUAUUUGAGGUGGACACCGUGAUCAAUGGGGUUUCUUCUAGCUCUGUUUUGGAAGACGAGCGGUUUCACACAACUUUGCUGUUGGACCAAUUCGUUCGCUCAUUUGGAUUUUGGAAACACUUGGGAAAUCAAACAAGAGCACUAGAAUGCGUGGAAAUAACCCCGUCGAUGGCAGCUUUUUUCGCGAUUUUGUCGCUCGAUGGGCGGAACCAGGAUUGUUUAGGGUGUUUGAUCCAGAUUUUGGAUUUGUACCCUUUCGAACGGAAGUUGCAGUCUAUCGGGUUGCAGAUUUUGGUGAAACUCGUGAUCGCCAUUGACCACAUCAACCGCAUCGUCCACAUGGAGGACCAAUCAUCGGGUGUUGGCGCGACGGUCGGCGCUGCGGUCGGCUCUUUAGUCGAGGGGAUCACUGGGGAGUCAACCGGAAACGUGCAGAAUCGAGCGAAAACACUCCUCGGAAAAGUGGUGAAAGGCGUAACCGAUACCGCGGCGAAAGCGGCCAAAACGGUGGCGAAGAAUCUCCCCUCCGGUGUUCGAAACCAAAUGAAAAAAAUGAACGCGCCGGGGUUCGACUCGGAGUCUGGUUCGGACACCGAGGGGCGCCAUCACGGCAGGGUAGAUCCCGAAGAAGCGGUUUUGGACGAGGCGUAUUACGGCAGAACGUCUCUGUACCGCAAGAAAAAACUUUUUAACUUGUGAUGCAUAAAAUGGAACACAGAACUAUUUGUCUUGCUACACCAGCAAGACCUUGACGUUGACUCUUUAAGGGUGUAUUCCCUUUGGAAGGAAGCAUGGCAAAUUUUCUGUGUCAUGUGUAAGAAACUUGUGAUGCAGAUCUUGCAAAACCAUCACAGUGAAACAGUUUUUUCGUGGGAUACUCUAGAGAACCAGCUCAACCAAGUUCCGAAGUACUUCUUUCAGCCGGGGGACUACGGACCGUUGACAAACGCGAUUGAGGAGUUGAUCGUGAAGCCGGUUUUGCACUCGGGGGAUUCGCACAAGGACUUCUACCCGCCGGAAACGCCGAGUGGAAGCGAGGAGGAAGGAGAUCACGGUGGACAUCAUGGAGGUAGUAGACACCACGAAGUAACUGGAAGUGGUGCAGCUUCGGGCCCUUCAGGUCCCGGUACAGGAACCAGGGCUAAUCUCCAACGACCCCAGCUCCCGCAUAAGAAGAAAAAGCCACCCAAUUUCCUCGUCGCGGGCGUCACGAACGCGGUUUCUUCCGUGAAAUCCGCCAUGCAUUCCACCCUGAAGCAAUCCGAGGCGUUCGGGCAUCUGGUCCAGGACAUCGGAGAACACGUUUUGGAGGACGUGGAAAAUGUAGUUCCCGUGUCCGAGUUAAUCUCCACGAAGAAACACAAAAAACACCAGAAGAAAAAGAUCAACUUCGAGGAAAUCGUGGACAAAACAGUCCAUUCCGGCGAUAACCUGCUGUCGAAAUACCCUCUGUUUUUGAAAUCACUGACGAGAUUAACCCAUCUGGCGAAAUCCCGUUUCGCAGAUUCCAAAACCAUCGCGGAAACGUUUUGCUUCCUCCAUUUACACUUUGACGACUUCGUCACCGCGAACGACACACCGCAAGUUUUGGAUCUCCUCCGGCAGUUCGCGGAGCACGAGGAUAUCGUGCUGUCCUGUGUGCGGAUUUUAACGAGGAAUUUUGAUCUCCACCCCUACGUGGAAAAGAUCUCCGGUCUCCACGACUAUCUCGGCGGGCCGCAGUACGAGCCCGGGCAUUUAUUCCGCGCGACGAUGAUGCUACUCGAUUUGAAAUCCGGUUCCAAUGAUUCCCAACUCAACGGCCGCCCGGGGAAAUCGCACAUGGACGCGGUGAAGUCCGCGAUUUCGCAAGUCGGGGAAGUGUUCGACACCCCGGACCACAAGCACUUACAUGAUGGAAUCAACGCGAAAACCGACGCGGGUAGUAUGCUGCAAAAGGCGAAAACGGGGCAUAGGAGGAAUAAAGUGCGAAAACUGGCGAAUUUGGACGACGAUUAUGAGGAGACGAACUACGAGAAAAUCGCGACGGCGUUGCAUUACGACCCGGUCGUGCGGGAAUUGUUGACGCACAAGAUCCAACAGCGGAAGAAGGAAAUUCUCCAACACGAGUUCGACACGCAGGCGGAGUUGAUGAAGGAGGCGAAUGAGAACAUGCAGAUGGGGAAAGAGGCGUUGGAAUCCCGGUAUAUUGCGCUUCGAGCCAGGUUUGUGAAGCAGUGGCGGGAGUUUUUGUACAUAACGGAAUACCCAUUAAACCGGAAAGAUAUGAACAAAGAGCAGUUUUUGUCGUUGGAAGAGAAGAAAAAGUGGUGCAAAGACUUGCGAUACGCAUUGCAAAAGUAUCGUACUAGUACAUUCUUGCAUUACAAAUUCUCUACUCAAGAACGAAAAUGCGAUCUGUCAUGCUAGAUCCGGUAGAAAAAUGGAUCUGUCAUGCGUGAUCGCAAUUAGUACGGGCACGAUGCUUUUGCAAUGCAUAUGCUCGCCAGACACCGUGCGAUCAACAUGCCGGAGGAGCCGAAGCCGGGCGACAUUGAGUUCUGGUCGAGCGAAGAAGAUGAUGAUAUCGGGCUAUUAGGAGGGAAGGUGUAUCGGAAAAAGGCAACGGAGAAGGAGUUGAGGGCGAAGAAGUUUUUCGAUCUGGGGGACAAGGCGCUGGAACCGAAGAUGUGUACUUGAUGUUUUUUCAAUUUCUUCAUCUUUGCACGAUUCUUGCAUUUUUUUCUCAUGUUAUCUCAGCACUCCCACUACUAAACUUGAUGGAAAUUGUCGUCGUCACCAUGGCUUGUUUGCAUCAAUCACAAUCAAAUUAAGUACAAAAAAAAAAUUACCAGCCCGCUACAUCGAGCUUCGGAAGCAGUCCGGGUUGGAGAAAAAAGUUUUCCACGCGCAGGAUUUCAAAGUUCCCAACCAGUACCAACUCUUCGGAAUGACGAGCGAGCUUGAGCUCCGGCACCUAGGACACAGAAGACACGACGUCGACCACAAAAUCGACGAGGAGGAGGAGGUAUGAACUGCAAAUAUGUCUGGGUCUGGAAGGAUGUAACUUGUGAUGCUGCGUUUGGAUUCCAAAAAAAUCUGUAUUGCAUGAGUAGCGAAGGAAGUGCAAUUCUUGCUACGCGGAGAGGGCAUUUUUCAUGCGGAAUAGGCAUUCAGAAGCCCUCGAAAAAUCUGUGAUGCUAGGGCAUGCAUCACAGGCAUCAUGGCGCAUGCAAAAUAUGCGCGACAGGUCUCAGGAUCUUCCAGACCCAGACAUUUUUGCAGUUGAUAGGAGGGGCAGUUUGACGUGGAGAGGGUCAUUCAGUCCUUCGUCGGGCACAGUGGCGGCGGUAGGCAAGCAGGCAGUUCCGGACAGCAGUUGAACUUAACCAGGAAGACGGACGGAAAAGCGGUAGUUGCGGACGUGGAGCAGGAUUCUUGGGUCCGGACGAAAAAGGAACUACAGUUGCUCGACGCGGUGCAAACGGAUGACGUAGACUUCGAGUUCGACGCGGAGAACCCACGGUCCUCUUGGUCUCUACACCGAACCCACGACACGCGGUUACUCUGCUCCGCGAUGUUGCUUGUCGUGAAGCGGUAUUUUUCCGCGAAACUCAAGGGGAACAGGAUCAUUCUCUACCCGAUUCUUGUCCUGUUCGAGAUCCAAAAACGCGAGAAAUUCGGCCGGCAGCAGAUCAUGGAAGCGGGGUUUGACGUGAUUUUAGUCGCGUUGUUACGGCACAGGCUGAACGAUUUGCGGAGGACAAGACACACAGCAUUAGCGCAGAACCGGUUUUUCACGUACGGCUUAACGAAAGAUGCCGGGAAUGAGAGUAGUACUUUCGCGAACGCGCACACCAGUAAAAAGGGGCAGAAUAAUCACCACUCCAUGUCCGCGAACCACUUGAGGCAACAUCUCGACGGAAUUCAGUCGCAUGACCAUCGGGCGAAGCACGUCGCAACGUUAUUAGCGAAGGACGGGCACACGGGGACGCAUAGUCAACACGAUCAAGGGCAUGGCCAUAUGACAGUGCACAACUCUCCCUCCCCCUCAUUUGUAUGGCAUGAACAGCAAUACAAGCAUCAGCAAGAAUGCCGGUUGUGCAUGACAAGUGUGCACUGGACUAAAGGGCUAUUUGGGCUACCAGAACUUGUCAUGCAAACAGUGCCAAGAUGCGCAGCCUGGAUUUACGAUUUUGCAUGACAAAUGAGGCGCGGAAGGGGGAGUUGAAGUUGUGCACUGUCAUAGGCCACAUCGGCGGGUUGAAAACGAGAAGUAACGUCGUGAAGGAGCUCUACCGCAACCACCACGGGUUGGGGUCAACGGUGGAUAAAUUUGAGGGGAAAUACGGGGAAGAUUUCCUCCACGAGACCUCCAUGUACCGGCACAUGCUGGGGGAGGACCAUGACAAACAGCGGAAUGCGCUGAAAGACCGGAACGGGAAGAUCCCGAACAAGCACAAACAUAGAAGAUCGGCUGCUGCGGUGGAAAAUAAUGCAGCUGAAAAUUAUGACAACGCCGAUAACUAUUCCGACGAAGACACCGCAGCCCACGCAGUUGCCGCGGUGGUCGGAAAAGCGGGCCAGGCGAUCGGCGAGGCAGUGCAGGGGUUGAGUGACGUCGCUGGCGGGAUUGUGUCCGCGUUGACGAAACCAUCCAGUAAUCCGAAUAGUAGGUCUUCCACAUCGUUAUUUCUGGAAACAAGAUACUUCGUGCUGGUGAUUCUCAACUUCCUGAUCCACUUGGUUUCCCCAAGUCCCUUGACCCAAGAACCGGAUCAACCACCCGGGGUGCCGAGUCCGGCGGAGGGGGUGGUGAAGCAUAAUUUCGCGAAGGAGGAGGGGCUGGAAUUGCUAUUCGAGUUGAUGCGGGAAUUCUACUACGAAGAGAAUUUCACGGCGAUAGAAUUUUGCCUGGCUUUGCUCGGUAUGAAAUGCAGAAACAUCGUACUAGUACGAAUUGCAAUACAAAUAGGCGCAGCAUGACAAAUGGAAUUUGUAAUGCUGAUUUAGCUUAAGAAGGAAAGUUGUCAUGCGUAGCUGCAAUUAGUACGAGUGCGAUACCUUUGCACUGCAUACUCGGAAACUUGUGCACCGGACCGCGGCAGUACGUCGCGCUGAUCAACGAAAACGUGAAGAAAUUGAAUGAAAACGGGCGGUUUCAGUCACUGUUAUCAAACGGAAAAAUCCCCCCUCCCCAUAUCAAAACGAAGUUUCUGAUGCUGGAUUUCCGUACACAAAUCAGAGCUGUCUUGCAGUAGAGCAUUGCAGGCGUAUGCCCUGCCUGAGUACAGAACGUCUGACGUGGACGAUUAGCAUCACAAAUGUCUAUGCUGUAGCCCAAGCAGCAUCACAAACUGCUUGCAUAAUGUGGCGGAGACUGUAGAGUUGCCUUCUUGCAAGACACAAAGAUUUGUGGUCACAAAUCAGCAUUACAAAUUUUCUGAGAAGUACCUUUUUGAUAUGGGGAGGUGUGAUUUUUCCUUACGAUAAUUGUUGAAACACGUUUUGGAGAAAUACGAAUCGAGAUUGGUGAUUUCCGCCUUACCCCCGUACCAUCGGUCGCACGUGACGGAGCGGAUCAGGCGGAUCCUCGCGCUGUCGACGACGAUUUCCGAGAUUGAUUCGGCGAAGACGAAUGGGAUCGACAUGCACGGGAUUCAUAAGAAAGAGGAAAAGGAGUUGUGGGAAUUGGAGAAGGAAAAGUAUGAGAAGAAGAAGCAGGAAGCGGAAAUUUUGAAGGAUAGAGAUUUGAUGAACUUCCUGCUAGUGGAUUUUUCUUGAAUAGUAUAUAAUGCCUUUUGCGCAUGACAGAUUUCGUUUUGCGCAUGCACGAGGCCGCGACCUUGUACAAUUAGAUAGAAGCAGUAAUAGUUUCGACAAAAGAAGCUACGGAACCAUGACUUCCAAUAGCGAUCAGAAUUUGGAUUUUCACAAAGAUAGCGAACUUGUUUCAGAGUCAAUUUUUUACGAAGAAAAAUAGCGAUCAGAAUAAAAGCGAGCAGACGCUGUACGCGGCUGUUAGAACCUUUAUGUUAUAGCGAUCACAAGACAAAUCACAGGCAGAGCUUCUGGAAAAUUUAACUGAUUUUCCGUUUCGAGAUGGAGGUACUACCAGAAUCCGUUCCAAGAAAUAGACGUCGAUAGAGAACUGCUGCGGCAAGAAGAAACAAAUUGAACGUACAAAAUUUUCGUUUGCGCGCAGAACAUCGGUCUUCGAAGUAGACACUUGAAAUUCUGUCCAU